AUGCAUUCCUGUGCUUGUGUUCGUUCGGUCCAGUUGUGGCUUGCCCUCACUACUGGAUAAACAACUGUAAUUUCUUCCCCAAAACAGACCAUCUUCUUUGGGGGAGACGCGUGUUAAUCCUCGUGUCUUCUUGUGGUAGUUUUCACCACAUCCCACAACAGCAUGACAGUGUGCUUGUUGCUAGCAUGACGCAUGACACAUCAAGUUAAUGACAUUCCCAGUGAGAGCUAGUUUGUAUAAAAACUCCUCGUCCUCCCCUCUUCGUCCUCUCCGCGUUGUGUUUCUCCCGUGGACGCCAAAUGGGCGGGACUAAAGUGUACAUCACCUACGGGGAACCCCAGGCCAUUCUGCCAAAAACACCGUCGCGCCAUGAAACACGACUUUACGUGUGAAUGUAUAAGUUAAUCGUCGUGGUUUGUGGACUACCUGAGUGUGCUGACGGCGGCCGUUUCCAUUUGAGCUGACAAAGUAGCUGGCACUUUCAACCACAAUGGCUAGUCCGGAGGCUGACAUUGAACCACCCAAUCAAGCCUCUACCGCUCAAAACCUUGAUAGAAGACGCUUCUCUCGUGACCUUCGCAAUCUGGAUCAAGAUGAGAUAGACAAUCUGUUAUCCAGCAGUGAUGGUCGUCUUUUCAGGGUGGUGCAUCAUCUUCCAGAAUUAAAGGAAAAAGGCAUAACUUUAAUACCCGGUGUGCCUAUCACAUGCAGAGUGGAUAACACGGAGAAAUACACUACUCGCUCAAAGGUCAGUGUAGGCACUCUAUACACAGUGAUACUAACUCAUGGUGAAUUCCACUGGACGCUGAAGAAGAAGUACAAGAACUUCCAGGAGCUGCAUCGAGACCUGUACAACCACUGGAUGAUGAUUCGCUGGCUACCUUUGGGAAGAUUUGCAAAGGAGAGGCAGCAGCUGAGAGCCAUGUUCGAGCAAAUGCCCAGCCUCCAUGGGACUGAACGGGCCAGAAGAACUUCUAGCAAAAUGAAAUACCUGGAGGAAUACCUGAACGAUCUGCUGGAGAAAAGCUUCUGCAGAAAUGACCGUAGCAUGCUGGAGUUUCUGUCUGUUGGUGCGCUAUCCUUUGUCCCUGAUCUUGGGCCCAAAGGCUUGGAAGGACCCAUCUUCAAGAGGUCUGGGGGUCACCGCAUUCAAGGUCUGAAUUGCAUUGGUCAUCAUCAAUUCUGCUUCCGCUGGUCACGCCGCUGGCUGGUGGUGAAAGACUCCUUCCUGAUGUACAUGAACCGAGACAAUGGCAGCAUCAACUUUGUGUUGUUGUUUGACCCCGAGUUCAGUGUGAAAGUGGGCCGUGCUUACACAGACACUAAAUAUGGAGUCUGCAUCAACAACUUCACUCGGAAUCUGAUUAUCAAAUGCAGUAGCUAUAGACAAGCACACUGGUGGAGUCAUGAAAUCAACCGGCUAGCCUCAACCUGUGACUUUCUCAAAGUGCAACGCUUUGAAGGGUUUGCUCCUCCACGGGACAACACGUGCACUAAAUGGUAUGUCAAUGGAAGUGGCUACUUUGCCGACCUCGCUGAUGCACUUGAACAAGCCAAAGAAGAAAUCUUCAUCACAGACUGGUGGCUCAGCCCCGAAGUAUUCCUGAAGAGACCAGCGACUGAUGACUUCUGGCGCUUGGAUCAAGUGCUCAAACGCAAAGCAGAACAAGGAGUCAAAGUAUGUGUUCUGCUUUACAAAGAGGUAGAGCUGGCACUUGGCAUCAACAGUGAGCACAGUAAAAGGACACUCAUGGAUAUGCACCCAAACAUCAAGGUAAUGAGACAUCCUGACCAUGUGUCAUCUGUGGUGUUUCUGUGGGCACACCAUGAAAAGAUGGUGGCUAUUGAUCAAACGGUAGCUUUUGUGGGGGGAAUCGACCUGGCAUUUGGGAGGUGGGAUGACAACCAGUACCGGUUAACGGACCUUGGCUCGACAGACACUGCUGAGAAACUGACAGAUAAGGAUCUAUCACAAAUAGAUACAGAUGAAAACAAUGUGGCUGUUCCAGAAUCAUCUGAUGGCCAAACACAUGAGUUUGUGGACCUGACAGGCAACACCAAACUGUGGCUUGGCAAAGACUACAGCAACUUCAUUAAGAAAGACUGGGUCCAACUGGACAGACCGUUUGAGGAUAACAUUGAUCGUACUAAAGUUCCACGCAUGCCAUGGCGUGAUCUGUCAGCUGCUCUUCACGGAAGGGCAGCUCGGGAUGUAGCACGUCACUUCAUUCAGCGCUGGAACUUCACCAAGAUCUUCAAAAACAAGUACAAGGACAAUUUCUACCCUUGUCUUCUCCCUAAAUCUCAUUGUACUGCUGAAACACUUGCAUGGACUGUGCCUGGGUCCCAGAAAGCCAAAGUGCAGGUGUUACGGUCUGCAGAUCGUUGGUCUGCUGGAACUUGUGAGAAUUCGAUCCUCAAUGCCUACAUCCAGACCAUCAAGAACAGUCAGCACUACAUCUACAUAGAGAACCAGUUCUUCAUCAGCUGUGCCGAUGGGAAGACGGUCUAUAAUGGGAUUGGCGAUGCCAUUGUGGAACGAAUCCUGCAGGCUUACAGAGAGAAAAAGAAGUAUCGAGUGUAUGUGGUAAUCCCCUUACUACCUGGAUUUGAGGGAGACAUCACUACCGGAGGUGGAAAUGCCAUCCAAGCCAUUCUUCAUUUCACUUACAGGACUAUAUCCCGUGGGGAACAGUCCAUCCUGUCAAGACUAAGUGACUUGGAGGACCGGUGGACAGAGUACUUCACAGUCUGUGGCCUGAGAACAAAGUCUGAACUCUCUCAGUCGCUUGUCACAGAACUCAUCUAUGUUCACAGCAAGACCCUUAUUGCUGACGACCGCUGCUACAUAAUUGGAUCAGCCAACAUCAAUGAUCGCAGCAUGCUCGGAAGCCGGGACAGUGAGCUGGCAGUAUUUGUGGAAGAUGAAGAGAGAAUCCCGUCCAUAAUGGGCGGGGAGGAGUACGGAGCAGGACCCGUCACGCUUGCUCUGCGCAAAGAGUGCUUCAGUGUUCUUGUCGGAGCUGCAUCAGACCCCACAAUCAACAUUGAUGAUCCAAUCAGUGACAACUUCUUCUUCUUGGUGUGGAAUUCAUCAGCCAAACUGAAUGCCGCUAUUUAUGACAAGGUCUUCAACUGCCUGCCCAGCAACUCUGUCCACAAUAUGCAAGAGCUGAAAGACUACACCAGCAAGGUGCGCCUGUCUGACACAGACCCUGAGAAGGCUGUAGAGGAGCUCAAGGCUGUCCGAGGACUGCUGGUCCAUUUCCCGCUGAAGUUCUUGUGCGAAGAGAACCUGCUGCCUCCAUUGGGCACCAGAGAAGGCAUGGCCCCUGUUGGACUGUGGACGUAAUUGCGUCAUGGCCCAGUCAGACCACGUUAUAAGAGCUUAAGUGCUCUGGUAAUAUUGCAGCUAACAUCCUGCCCUAUAAAACUAAAUAGUGGCAACCUGGACAGUUAAGUGGUGACUAAACCCAACACUAUAAUAUUUAUAUUAACCACUGAAAUGUAGAUUUUAUGACUGACACUGUGAGAAUAUGAAAUUAACAUGAACUGGCCAGUUGGUUUAUGACAGGAAUAUCUACAGUCCAUCUCACAUAAUCCGGGUACAUAAUGUACACUUAUUGGUGCAAGGUUUUAAGUGGCUAGGUUAUUUUUUUCCAUCUGUCUCACUCUCUCGCUCCGAGGCUUCACCUCUCACUGCAGUGCCAGCAAAUCCGUCAGAAAAUGUGGGGUUGUUAUGGCGACGGAUACAAAGAAAUGGCUGGAUAUUAGCUGGAAAAAAUAAACCGGGUAAUAUGGUCACACGUGGAUAGAAGAUACACUAUGUCCAUUAUCCGCACUUGCGCGUCGUUUUUAACACAUUUUUGAACAUGUUUGUUAAUGUAUUGUUUUCUUUUUAGAGUUACCAUGGCAACCAAGUGAAUUGUUAUAUUCCUCACGUUGUUAGCAGUGCACAACUGGACAUUCCGCCAUCAUCUUUGAUCUGGGAAAACUGUGAAGCAGAGACAUGCAGUAUAUUGUCGAGACUAUUCCACAACAAGAUUUACAUUUGGAUGCCGCAGUUCUGUGUCCCACUGCCUUACCUUUCCACAGUGUCUUCAUUUGAUUGUGAAAGACACAUAUGUAGUGUAUGUGUGUUACAUUUAGAAAAACACUGUACUGUGUAUUGUUACAUUGUAGUGAUUUUAUAUUUGAGCGAUAUCAAGCCACUAAAUGAUUGAAGUAGAGUUAGUGUGGACCAUAACACUGUACUGAGUACAGUAUAGCAAUUAAACGUUUGAUUUAUGUCAUGAAACAAGCAGAAAUAGCAAGUCUCGUCCCUUUUGAGGCUGGAAAAGUUUUGCUUUUGAACAAACCCAGCAUCAAUCGGAGAGAAAUAGCUAAUUUGGAAGUGCUGAUGCUUCUUUAAUGCAGAAAAACUAUGCUAUGAAAUUCAUUCAUUCAUUCAUUCAUUUUCUACCGGUUAUCCUCACGAGGGUCGCAGGGGUGCUGGAGCCUAUCCCAGCUGUCUUCGGACGAGGGACGGGGUACACCCUGGACUGGUCGCCAGCCAAUCACAGGGCACAUAUAGACAAACAACCAUUCACACUCACAUUCAUACCUAUGGACAAUUUGGAGUCACCAAUUAGAAAUCGACAACUUUAAAUGGCAAGUAAAGCUUAAACACUAAAAAACAGCAAUAAAGGCACAAUAUAAGGAAACAACUUGAAAUGUUGACACGAAUAACAUAGCUUUAGCUUUUAGUAUAUGUAGGGUUUUUUUUAGCCUUUUUAUAAAAUAAAACAAAGUCUGCAGUAAACUGUAUCUAAUUUAUAACUGCUGUCUACUUCAUUGUUGCUAAUGAACCUAAUCACACGUGGUGAUGCAUUUUCAAGCCUUAUGAUUGGCUGGGUUUUAUUCAUGAGAAAUAAUGAGUUUAACUCUUUACAAUGUGCAUCCAGGUCAUUGUAUUCUCAGGGCAUUCAGGUGGGACACACACCUGAUAGGACAGCCCAGUCUGUCUAGAGCUAUCUAGUCUGACUGGUUUCUUUACAACGGUUUUCUCAUGUAUCUGUAGAAUGCAAUCUGAAAAAAUGAUGCAUGCCUUAUGUAUGUUCAUGACUUGUAUUGAACCUGUGACAAAGCCAGCAAUUUUGUACAGACUGUAUUUACCAAGUGCCUCCAUCAUAACCAUAAUGUCAACAUUAACUAAUGUUCUGUUUGAAGCCAUCUUUUUGUAAAGGGCGGUUAUAUAAUGACAAGUUGCCUUAUAUUUUUCUGUCAUUUACCACUGUCACCAAUUUUCACAAAUUCAUUUUACCUUUAUGUACUGUAUGCCACUCAGCUGGUUGAGGUCAUUACUUCACAAUUAAUUGUGCAAUUAAUGCUCAGGGGUUGAGAUACAAAACAAUUACUAAUCACAUUCAAAUACUAUAUUGCUGUUACUUAAUACUUAAUAAAUCUGUACUGUAAUCAUCUCUCACUUUUUGUUUGUGGGAAAAUAACUUCUUGCAAUAAAGUACCAAAACAGCCGACUGCCAUGUUAUGGCAUCAAUUUUAUGAACAGACUCAUUGUUCGCUUGAACCCUUGCUGAACAGCUGUGGAAGUGAGUCAUGCAUUAUUCACAAGCACAUCACGAUCUGUGGGAGAUAAGGUGG